AUGUAUGAAAGUGAGGUGAGGUGUGGAACCAAUUAUCAAAAGCUUGUCUGCGAUUAUAAUGUUGAAGAGACUAUAUGUUGUCUGAGUAUCCAAGAAAUGGCCAUCAAAGGUGAUGAACCACCUCCUGAAUAUAUUGUCACAGAGAGCAAGUUUGGAGCUAUAGAGUCCUCACCAGAAUUGGGUCAAAUCCCCACCAUUGAUAUCAGUCUCUUCUCCCCAUCAUCAAUUGGUACUAAGGAAGCAGAGAUCGAACUAAACAAACUCAGAUCAGCUCUCAGCUCAUCAGGCUGCUUCCAGGCAAUAGGUCAUGGGAUUUCAAGUUCCUUUCUGGACAAGGUACGCGAAGUUGCAACACAAUUCUUUGAACUUCCAGUGGAAGAGAAGCAAAAAUAUUCCAGAGAAAUUUAUGGUGGGCGUGAAGGGUUUGGAGAGGAUCUCAUUGUAUCAGAGAAACAAGUUCUCGAUUGGUCGUACCGCCUAAUUCUUAAUGUGUUCCCUGAAGAUCAUAGAAAGCUCGAUCUCUGGCCAGAAAAUCCAUAUGAUUUUGGAGAGGUUGUGCAUGAAUAUGCAACAAAGGUAAAGUGUAUGAUGGGUGUGCUGUUUAAGGCCAUGGCAAAAUCGUUGAAUUUGGAGAAGAACAGCUUUUCAGAUUACAUGUUUGGAGAGGGAGCUCUGAUGCAAGCAAGAUUCAACUUCUAUCCGCGGUGUUCAAGAUCCGAUCAGGUCCUUGGUGUCAAGCCACAUACAGAUAGGUCAGGAGUGACAGUUCUGUUGCAAGACAAAGAAGUUGAAGGUCUUCAGGUUUUGGUAGAUGGGAAAUGGGUUAGAGUCCCCAUUGUGCCUCAUGCAAUAGUUGUUAAUCUUGGUGAUCAAAUGCAGAUUAUGAGUAAUGGUAUCUUCAAGAGCCCAAUGCACAGGGUUGUGACAAAUCCAGACAGAAUGAGACUAUCUGUGGCCUUGUUUAAUGAACCUGAUCCUGAAACUGAGAUUAGUCCUGUGGAGAAAUUGAUAGAUGAGACAAGGAUAAGGUUAUAUAAAACUGUCAAGAAUUAUGGUCGUAUCAACUAUGAAUGCUAUCAGAGAGGAGAGAUAGCACUUGAAACAGUAAAAAUCUGAUAUAAUUUCUUUUCCUUUGUAAUAAUUUUCCAGCUUUCAUAUGAAAGAAGUUAAAUACAUUAAGGCUGGUUUUUGUAUUGACCUGUUGUUUACUGUGAUGAUUCAUUGCUGUAUAAGGAUGGUUGUUUAAUUUAAUUACUAAGUUAAUCAUGUAUGAAAGUGAGGUGAGUUGUGUAACCAAUUAUCAAAAGUUUGCAUAAGAUUAUAAUAAAAUGCUGUUAUUUCUGU